AUGGACCAAUAUGAAAAUAUAUCGUUACAUACGAAUAAAGGCAUUGAAUUUUUGGAAAAAUACUGCGGUUUCAUACAAGAUCGUCUGACGAUAGAAAAAGAAUAUGCCUCCAAGUUGCGACGUUUAGCGAAAAACUACCAGCCCAAAAAGAAGGAGGAGGAAGAUAAUGAAUUUUCAUCCUGCCAAGCUUUUCGCAAUGUUCUAAAAGAAAUCAACGAUUUAGCGGGUCAGCGCGAAGUAGUCGCCGAAUCACUGGAACAACGCAUCGCACAAGGCAUACAAGUGCUCUCCAAAACGUUACGAGAUGAACGAAAACGAUGUCUCAAUGAAGGCACCUCCCUACAACAGACACUCACCGCACAGUUGGGCGCACUGGAUCGCGCCAAACGCAACUAUGAGAAAGCGUUCCGCGAGUCGGAAAAAGCGGUGGAGAAUUACAAGAAAGCCGAUAUGGAUCUGAAUCUGAGUCGAGCUGAAGUGGAGCGUUAUAAAAAUAUAAUGACGGCGAAAAUACAACAAUCGGACGAUGCGAAAAACGAAUAUGCCAAUCAACUGCAGAAGACUAACAAUUUACAACAGCAACACUACAGUGUAAUGUUGCCAGCGGUUUUCAAUCGCCUCCAAGAGUUGGAUGAGAAGCGCACAGGCGGCAUACGUGAAUUCAUAAUUGGCACCGCAGAGGUUGAAUCGGCCGUAGCGCCUAUUAUUGCACGGUGCAUGGAGGGUAUUGUUAAGGCGGGCGAGUCAAUAAACGAAAAGGAGGACUCCUUUAAAGUCAUAGAAAGAUAUCAAUCGGGCUUCACACCACCAACUGACAUACCAUUCGAUGAUUUGUCAAAGCAAAAUCUUGAUUCAUCAUCAGAUUCCCGUGUGCAGUCAAGUCAUUUCACCGUUAAGGGCACCAUUAGCACGAGAGUCAAGAAACGCCCAGCGAUUUUCAGCUUCUUCGGCAGCAAUAAGCCACAGAAGAUUUAUGAAGCCUGUAUCACCAUGAAGAAUUCGCUAACGGCGGACGGACAAAAGGAAGAUUUCAGCGAUUUACCACCCAGUCAACGGCGCAAAAAGCUACAAGCUAAACUUGCCGAACUACAACACAAACUCAAUCAGGAGGUGGCCACACGUGAUGGUCUGAUGAAAAUGAAAAUGGUCUAUGAAUCGAAUUCAUCGCUGGGCAAUCCAAUGACCGUCGAAGGUCAACUCAAUGAGUCCGAGCACAAAAUGGAAAAACUGCGUAUGGAUCUGAAAAAGUUCCAAGGCUAUUUGGAGAGCGCGAAUCAAAUACCAUUGGCCAGUAAUAGUCCGCAAGCGAGUCGUAAUCACAUACAGAACGGACAUCGAACAUCAAGACAUUCCAAUGGCAGUGCCGAGGACCACAACGAUGAGGGUGAAGAUCAUCCCGAUGAUGGUGGCAGCUUAAGCAGGUCAGGUUCAGAGGAUAAUGUGGCGCAAAUACAAAAUGGGCAUAAUAAUAACAAUAACGGCAGUUCGGCUAGCCCCGAAAGUGGAUUGGGUACAUCGCACACCUCACUACCGGGUUCCGGACAGGGUAGUGCGAACGAGAAUGCCAUUGGCGAGGAUGGUUAUGAUGAGACGGAAAUUGAGGUACUGCAACCGUUGGGCACAUGUCGAGCGCUCUAUCCCUUCGAAGCGACCAGCGAAGGCAGCAUACCAAUGAUUGAGGGCGAAGAACUGCAAGUGAUUGAAAUCGAUCAGGGCGAUGGCUGGACGCGCGUGCGCCGUGCCAAUGCCACCAACGGCUGGGAUGAAGGAUUUGUGCCGACUAGUUAUAUUGAAUGUACACUAAGCACUGAAAAACGCUGCGUAGAUGUCGAAGGCGCUGAGUCAAGUUCAAGCACACCGACUAUUGAAUAUUUUGAGAAGCAGCAAAGUAGUAUUGUUUAAUUGCUUUUAAAUGUGACUGAAAAGUGGCGACCACCUACUACAGUAUGCAACCAACUGCCGAAUUGCCGAAAUAAGCGAGGAAAGAGAUAAGAUAAAUUAACGAGUAUUGCGAAAUGGUUUUUGUAAUUUUUUAUUUAAAUUUUUGGUAAUGUUAAUGUAUAAAUAAUUUAAUAUGCUGUGAAUGAAAGAAAAUUAUAAACAGUGAUACGACUUUUCUGUAAUUGUGUAAUCUAAAAAAUAUAUAUGUAUGCAUAUUCAUGAAAACCGCAGAAAAAUUUGUAAAAGUAAAAGGAGUAUGCACUUUGCGAUGUUACAGCGGCGAAGACGGUGAUUUUUAAAGGCUCAUACGCCGUAAUCCUAAUUAGUUUUGUAAAGGUAUUAGUAAGCGCGACUUGCACAACAGUCUAAGGUAGAGAAAACAAGUUACUAGCAGCACUACUACAGCUAGUUUGGCAUCAUAAAAAAAAACGCAUAGAAAUCAUUUACUAUCAAAAACUCACUCAUUCACUCACUAAUAAACUUUGUGAAAAAAAACCUCUUCAAUGCACCAGCGACACAUUCAUACAAGAAUUAUCAACAAUGCAUAUUUUAAUACAUACAUAACAUUUAGGCGCAUAAAAAGAAUGCAAAAGUAUGCAGUGAAAUCGUAUAUUUAAACAAUACAUACAAGUACAUACUUACAUACAAAAAUUAUGAACAUUAAAAAGGACAGAAAUUUAAAAAUAAUUAAACAAAAAAAAAAAACGAAGUCAAAAUAUGAUAUGCAACAAUUUUAAAACUGAACUACUCCAUGCUAUGGAAAUGCAAAACUAAAAAAAAAAAACAAAAUAAUUCAAAAAGCAAAUUUGUUGUAAAAAAAUCCAACAUGCAUUAUUUAGUGAUUUUUGAAGUGCUAUGCGACUUAGUAGCCUUCAGUGAAUUUGAAUAAGCCAGCAAGAAGAAGCAUUAAUUUUAAUUUUUUAUUUUUUUUUAUCAACUAACAACAUUUUGUAAUAAUUUUAUUUAGUUCUUUUCAUUUCCUAGGUCGCAUUGUAGCGUCUGCUGCAAUGCAUAAGCUUUUGUACAGUUUCAUUUAAAGCUUAACUAAAUGUUAUAUUAAUUAAUUAAAAGCAACAAUAAUUAGCUUUUACUUUGCGCCUUAUUUUUGUAUUCAUACUACAUAUAAACAUAUACACUUAUAAGUAUGUAGCUGUCUAUAAGCGAAUUUAGAUUUAUAAUAAUCAUAUGUUGUAUAAUGUUAUAAGAACAGACAAAAAGAAAACAGCAAAAACAAGCGCUUCAAUUAAGCUAAAAAGAGCAAAUAUUAAUCUGUGUAAAUGCGCUUAUUAAUUUGUUAAAUUGUAUGCUAUGUAAUUUGUACUUUAAUUUAGUAGAAGAAGACGACGAGAAGCAGCAAACAAACAAACAAACA